AUGCCAAAGCAGCCCAAACCAAAGAGCAAGAAGGCUAAAACUACCGGCAAGCAAAUCAAAAUGACUGUGAAAGGCAGUUCGAAGCCAACCACGAAGAAGUCUGCGGAGAGCGCCCAGGUUGUUACCAGCAAAGAGGCUCCCGAGGAAGACAGUUCCAUCAGCAUUGCAUACACUUGUUUUGUCUUUCACGGUCCUCAAGACAGCCAAGAGAUCUCUGCUGGUCUUUCCCUCCUAAAGGCGCUAACAGAUCCACCUCCAAAGACAAAGGCCCAAAAGACGGCUUAUUGUCUCAAGGUAAAGAACCAACUGAAGCACAUGUGCAAUAUCACUCAUGAGUUGGCGGACGAGAUGGGUGAGACAGGUGCUGGUAUUGUCCGGCAUGACAAAAUUGAGGAAUCCCUGCAGAAUGAUUUCGUCAGGACAUGGAAGGAUGUAGUCAAACCGAGGGCACCAUGGUUCUUCAAGAUCCGGGCUCUGAUCGACAAGCGUCCUAACCUCGUCCCGACCAGACUCGGUAAUAGCCAAACAGAUAUUGAUGCCAAUAUCAUCAUGAACAUGAACGGUGGAGAGCGUGAAGCGGAGAUCAAGGCUGGACUCGGACAAGAUAGAGCGAACACGGGUGAAGUGGAAGUGGAGGAGAAUAGUGAUGGAGAAGACGGACUCAGUGAGGAUGAAGAAGAACAGGAAGAAGAAGAUGAGAAUGAUGAUGGCACUGAGUUCCCCGCCAAAGUCUCCUCCACCGUCCCUGUUAAACGCACCGCUCCUGAGCCCAACUCUACCCCUUCCUGCUGGAAACGUGGAAACACACCUAAGAAACCCGCCCUCAAUACUACCACUGCUCCCCCUCCGACAAAGCCUAAGCCUGAGAAGCCCAAAGUGAACGACUUCUCAGAUGUUGUUCUUGCCGAAGAGGCUACACAGAAGUCCGCACACCAACUCGCAAAAGCAAAGGUCAACUGCAAAAGGGAAAAACACCAGGACAAGACAGAUAUGGCGAAGAAUGCCUUGGCUUAA